AUGUGCGAGAAAAUUUCAAUUAUAAGGAAGAAACUUGCCAUUGCACAGGAGAGGCAGAAGAAAUAUGCGAAUCAGCGAAUACAGGAACUAGAAUUUGAGGAAGACAGCAAAGUACUACUAAAAGUUGCGCCAAUGAAAUGGAUAAUGAGAUUUGGUAAAACGGAAAAAUUGAUUAUGAGGUAUAUAGGCUCUUUUGAAAUUUUAGAAAGAAUAGAAGUUGCAGCGUACAACUUGGCACUUCAACCUCAAUUAUCGGCUAUUCAUAAUGUGUUCCAUGUCUCUAUGCUUCGGAAGUAUGCCCCGGACCCCUGUCAUGUGUUGGAGCACGAGCCUCUUCAUAUUAGAGAUGAUUUUACUUAUGAAGAAUUUUCAGCGAGAAUAUUGGCACAUAAUGAUCAAGUCCUACGCAACAAAAUUAUCAAAAUGGUGAAAGUACAUUGGAGUCAUCACACAGAGAGAGAAGCUACAUGGGAACGCGAAGAAGAUAUGAAGGAAAAGUAUCCCUAUUUAUUUUAA